CUCUGGGCAGUUAGGCAGAUGACCUGAGCCUUGCAGAGAACAGCAGGACGGCGCACGAGAGAGCUGGCUCUGCGCUUCUGGGACUGCCAGCUGUGAGGAAGCCCUCGGGAUCUGAGCAUGGAACCCCCAGGCCCCCGGGGGCGGCCGCUGGGCGGCGGCGCCGAGGUCCAGAUGUGCCAAGCUAUCUUCCCUUCCCACGCCAACCACCGUGGGGAGCUGAGCGCCGGCCAGCUGCUCAAGUGGAUUGACACCACCGCCUGCCUGGCAGCUGAAAAACAUGCUGGAGUCUCCUGUGUCACAGCAUCAAUGGAUGACAUACAGUUUGAAGAGACAGCCAGGGUUGGACAGAUCAUCAAUAUCAAGGCUAAAGUCAUCAGAGCAUUCAACACCAGCAUGGAGAUUGGCAUUAAAGUCAUAGUACAAGACACAUUUACCCGAAUUCAGAAACUCAUUAGUGUGGCAUUUUCUACAUUUGUAGCUAAACCAGUUGGAGAAGAAAAGGUUCGUUUAAAGCCGGUGACCCUCCUGACAGAGCAAGAUCAAGUGGAGCAUGAUCUGGCUUGGGAGAGAAGAAAAGUCAGACUCCAGCAGGAGGACACCUUCCAAAGCCUGAUGAGGGACAGCAGCAAGUUUGAUGAUGUCAUCUGUGAUCAAGAGGAUGAUAUGAUUUCAACUGGUGAUACCUGGGUACAGAGCAUUGAACUUGUCCUUCCACCCCAUGCAAAUCAUCAUGGAAAUACAUUUGGGGGCCAGAUUAUGGCUUGGAUGGAGACAGUGGCUAACAUUUCAGCAAGCCGCCUCUGUAGCUCACAUCCCAUUCUAAAGUCGGUAGAUAUGUUUAAAUUUUGGGGACCAUCUACUGUUGGUGAUCGCCUUGUCUUCAACGCCAUCGUGAACAAUACUUUUCGGAACUGGGUUGAAGUUGGGGUUCGUGUUGAGGCCUACAACUGUGAUGAAUGGUCCAAAGGCCAAGGCCGGCACAUCAACAGUGCUUUUCUCAUUUAUUAUGCUGUUGAUGACAAUGAAGAACUCAUCAUGUUUCCCAGAGUCAAGCCUGUUUCAAAGGAUGAUGUUAGAAGGUAUCGUGGGGCUAUUGUACGGAAGAGAAUGCGACUUGGCAGGAAAUAUGUUAUUCCUCACAAAGAAGAUAUUCCACUUUGUGUUCACUGGGAUGCAAGCAACCAGGCAUACUUGAGUCACAGCAAUGUGGAUGCUCUCAAAGUCCUGGCAGCCAAAAGUGGUUGGGAAGUCAUCAGUGCUAUGGGAAAGUUCAAAAUGCAUACCUUGGAGGAGAGGGAUGUUUUGUCAGUCUGGAUCGAAAUGCAAGUAGAGAAAUCAGCUAAGUUGGUUUUUGGCUCCCUAUCUGACUUCACGAAGCAGCCUCAGUGGAACCCCUAUUACUUGUCUUGUGAGGUCAUAGACUGGGUGAGCAAUGAUGACACAAUUUAUCAUAUCACCUGUCCAAAAGUGAGUAGCAGGAAACCCAUAGAUUUGGUUGUCCUUGUAUCACGAAGAAGACCUGCUAAAGAUAGUAACACUUACGUAGUAGCAAUGAAGUCCGUCACCCUGGCAUCUGUCCCACCUUCUCCACAGUACAAGAGAAGCGAGGUCGCAAGCUCGGGAUUCCUGAUACAGGCUGUUGACAGCAGCUCCUGCACAGUAUCGUACCUGAACCAAAUUUCUUCUAGUACUCUACCUUAUUUUGCUGGAGAUAUUGGUGGCUGGUCAAGUGCCAUUGAGGAAAUAGCUACUUCAUGUAUCCAGUUCAUAGAAGAAGCAACUAAUGACAGAUUUAUCAACAAAUAGUAUUUUAAAUGGUCCAAUUCUAAGUGGUCUGUUUGUAGACUAUCCAUUUUGUGGAUUACUUGUAGCAGUUUUUGAUUCUGAGCCCACUUUCCUCUGGCAUCCACCAGGCUUGGGGGCCAGGGAACUAAUUUUUAUAUUAGCCUAAGUAAAAUGGAAACAUGGAGAUGCUGAAGAAAAUCAUAAAAUUCAUUCCAGUACUUCAGGGAUCAAUGAUUUUGUGGGUGUGGGUCUUUCCUUCACCUACAUCAAUCACAACCAUCCCCACCUUACCAGAUGGUUUGAUGAAUUGUUGUGGCCAAGCCCCUCGUGAGGAGCCUUUCUAACCUUAGCUGUUCCGGCCUUGGAUAAGAGGCGAACCAUCUUUUUGUAGGUUCAUACUGAAAGACUUCACAGCUUAAAGACCAGCCAGAGCUUGGUCUCUGCUGACACAGCCCUCAAAAACCUAGGAUCACCUCAGGGUCACAGUGAGACACCAGAGUGGAUCUUUAGUGGAGUGUACAUUUCAUGGUCAGGUUUAAACGAUUGUUUAUUUGUACACUGUGCUGGAUCCACCAUGCCCCUGCUCCGCUCUGGUGAUUUGGAUAACUGAGAGUUGAUUGUUAUGUGGUAUUUUAUAUAUUAUGAAAAUUGACAGGGAAGCAGGAAAGGUGCUCUUAAAUUUUUUUUUUUUUAAAGAACUAAAUGGUCGUAACAGUGUGACUGGUGUACAAUUUACAUCUUUGGAAAACCUGAAAUGAAGACUGGUUAGAAACUGAAUAGUUGAUUAAUAGGAUGACAUUGUUUCAUGGGAACAGCAGGUGCCUGUAUGUCAGAAGCAUCUGACAAGAUGUAUUAUACUUUUAGAGCUUGAAAUUAGGAGGACAUUAAAACAUAAUGGAAUUCAAUCAAUUUCAGUAAUAGGAACUACUUACUGGUGUCAUUUAAUAUAUAUUCAAGGUGGCUGAUCAAUUUAGUAUCUAUUGCUAUAUAUACAUGUAAAGUACCUGCAAAAUGUGAUAUGGAGAGGUAAAAGAACAUUAAGUGAACUCUUCUUUCAGAACUAUUACAUUAGCACUUUAUUCUUUGACAUUCAUUCUUCUACUCUAGCUAUCCAUGAAUUGGAUUGGUCCUAAAGGCAAAUCAGCCUUUUGCAGGUGAGCCUCCUCUUUGAGGCCAUCUUUCUGCAGUCUACAGAAACAUUUCCCUAAGUUCACUCAGGUUCUUAUGAAGUCAGGGCUCUCUUCUUAGCAUUCUGCCACUGUUGGCCAGACCUUCCCAAUAUAAACUUGUUCUAAUUUUUUUAUUAUCAUUUUCUCUCAGCAUCUCUAAAACAGGGCUUUUAUAAAGUCUAUAGUUAUCUCUGGAUUCAUUUAAAAAAAAUUGGAAUAGUGACUAUAAAGACUAAAAUCACUGUACACAUGUUAAAUUCAGGAGAAAAACAGAAAAUAAAAAAAGACAUACAGAACUAUAAACUGAAAGUAACUUAAAAAUGUUUUUCAAAAAUGUCAGCUAAGUUUUUUGGAUUACUUCUUGAUAUAAGGAAAAAUGUAAGCUUAGUAAUACAAGGGCAGUUAGACCACAAAUUUAUAUUGCAGUUAUUUUUUUUAGCCCUCUCCUACUGUCAGAUGGCCCAUAUGACUGAGACUUCCAAAUACUGUCUGCUUGCCCUUACCAACAAUAUGGUGUUUGGGUUUGCACCUUUUCAAGACUGUAAAAGUUUGGUUAGUUGUACGGUAUGAGUCCAGCUUGAUAUUUCUCAGAUGUAAAGAUGCUGUCAAUUCUAGUCUUUAAUGUAGUCCUUAGCAACAAAGGAUGGCCCCCUCCUUGUGAUUUUGAGGCCAAAUCAGAGCCCUCCUAGUCAUUCAGAUCCUAAGCUCCUCAUAUUCCAGACAUUCUCGUUUUCUUUCUGUCCCCAAACAGUGAAAACUAUUCUUUUAUUCUUUUUAAAGGGCUUUAUAUUUAUAGCUCCAACUGGAUCCUUCUCAGUAAGGGUCAGGAUGGACUUAAGCUGAGGGUCUCACUUUUUAACAUCACAAGAGUUUAAUAAGCCCUUAACCUUAGGUGCCUAAUGUAGGAACUAGUUGAAAAUCAGAGUACACAGCACCUUUCUUUUAGGGUUUUUGGGCAUAUAAUUAUGGUAGUAACGUUAGUCACUGAUUUUAAAGAGUCCCAGCAGAGAUAAGUUAACAGUGACCACUGAAGGGGCCAUUUUAAGUGUGCUCAAGAUGCUUUGCUUCAUAUGGUCUUAAAACAGUGUUACUACACUUUAGUAAGUCAUACCAGUGGUAUAAUUCAACAACAGCUCUAACUUUCACAUGUUCUCUUCUUUUCAUUGGUGCAUGCUUAAAAUCUGUGCCACCCUUGCCCCGAAGUCCACAAUCUCAGCAGACAACACAGCUGUAUAGGAGUUUAGCUGUCCAUCAGCGGUCCCCGUUGAAACCCAAAAGGGCAGUUACAACUCCUUAAAUUAUAGGUUAUUACCUUUUAGGAUUUCAGAUAACAGCUUUCCUUGAUUUAAUGUCUGUCCUAAUUAUAGGGGCCUUUCCUAACCUGACACUAAAAGCUUUUUGCUUGAGGCAUGUCAUUUCUGGUAUUUCUUUUUGGUUCUUAAAGCAACUAAAAUUUCUGAUCUUCUGGACACCUAAUUCCUCUACUCUCUGCCAAGUGGACUAGGUUGCUAUGGCCUGGUAUUCUUGAUAUAUGUUUUCUGUGGCUCCUGGAUGUUGUUCUUGGACACCUGCUUGUGCCAGUACUAAUGAUCCGGUUAGUGAAUUUUGUCUACUAGCUUGCUUUGCAAUGCAAGCAGGGAUGAAAAUUAUGACUUCAAAAAAUCUGAUUCUCAACUAGCCAUGUUAUGUCUGCCCAAGUAUGACAGAUAAAUGAAUAUGAUGAUUUAUCUUUUUACAUACAACGACCUUUGACCAAUGAAUUUUAACAAAAUGAAAAAACCAGUGUAUUCAUAUGUUCAUUGAUAUCUAUAGCCAUAUUCAGAUGGUUUUGUUAAUGAUUCUCAUUGUGCCUCUCUCUGAUUUCACUCAACGGCUCUCUCCAAGGAUUACCAAUGGUCUCUUAAUUGUUAAAUAUUAAAAGUCUUUUCUCAGUCCUA